AUGUCAUCGAUUGAAGACAUUUUUGUCAAUGGAAUGUUGACACCUCAAAUAGUUGUACCAAUUAUCGGUGAUGGUGCCUGCCUUUUCCGUUCAAUAUCAUUUCAUUUGUUUAACACUCAAGAAAGACGUCAGGAGAUCCGAAAUAAAAUUGUUUCGUAUGUGUCUGAUAAUUGGAAUAUUUUUAUUACUAUGUCUUACAAUUCAAAUGGUGACAACUUUUCCACUGCUGAGGCUUAUGUUCGUGAAAUGGUCAAUCCUACUGUCUACGGUGGUUAUUGCGAAUUGGUUGCAGCUGGAAAUAUUUUCCCAUUUUUAUUUCAAAUUUAUUAUAAUCAUAAUCUUUAUGCUAAAUUUGGUGUAGAUACAUUCCCAGUAAAAAGAUUGCGUCUAACUGGAAAUAUUAAUAGUGUAAAUUUAAAUACUACUUCAGAGGGUGAUUUAUCUAUUUUUAAUAAUGUUAGUGUCACAGAAAAUAGUAAUAAAAAUAAAAAUACAAUUAAUAAAAAAAGUAAGAAGCGUCGCCGUGCUAGAUAUACACAUAAAACUCGAAUCAACCAAGUUAAGAAAGCUAUAACAAAGUACAAAGUAAUCAAACACCAAGAAACUUUAGGGUUUCCGACUAAAAUUAAUUUACUCAAAUGGAAAAUUAAGAAAUUAUCUGGUCUAGCAUAUAAUCCCACUAUUGAUUAUAAAAAUAACAUUGGUACUAUGAACCAAAAAUGUAAUUUUUGUAACGCUCUCAAGUGGAAAGGCGAAACUCCUGGUAUGUGCUGUAAUAUAGGUAAAACACAACUCGAUCUCUUACAGCCGCCCCCAGAACCAUUACGCAGUUUACUUGAGGGAGACCAUCCUGAUCAUGAUCACUUCAUUAAUCGUACUAGGAAAUAUAAUAGUUGUUUUCAAAUGACUUCGUUUGGUGCUAAACAGAUUGUUGAAGAAGGUUUUAUGCCAACAUUUAAAGUGCAAGGCCAAGUCUACCAUUUGUACGGCAGUUUGAUUCCAAAUACUCAGGAAAACCCACAAUUUUUACAAAUAUAUUUUGUUGGCGAAGAUGAAAAAGAAGUUCAACUUAGAUGCUCUCUUUAUCCAGAAGUUAAACAAGCAUUAGUCAAACAGCUACAAAAUAUGCUGCAUACUGAAAAUAAGUAUAUUCGAGAGUUAAAAACCACAAUAGAUAAUGCAAGUCAAAAUAAUACUAAUUUUCAGGUGGUUAUUCACGCUGAUAGAAAACCUGCUAAUGGACACAAAGGCUGUUAUAAUGCUGCAACAUGUAAUGAAGUAGCUUUAGUUAUAGUUGGGCAGCAGUUUGAAAAACGUGAUAUUAUUAUUCAAAGCCACGAUAAUCGAUUACAACGGAUAAGUGAAUUACACAGAUCCUACGACGCACUUCAAUACCGUCUAAUGUUUUGUUAUGGAGAAGAUGGAUACUCAAUAGAUAUUUCUCAGAAGGAUGCAACUACAAAAUUAAUUACAAAUAAAACUGUAUCUGCUGCCAAUUUUUAUUCAUAUAAAAUUAUGGUAAGGAAAGAACAAGAUAAUCAUUUGCUUCGUUAUGGUCCAUUGUUCAACCAAUAUUUAGUAGAUAUGUACGCAAAAAUAGAGACUGAAAGAUUAAAUUUCAUUAGAAAUCAUCAAAAUAAGCUUAGAGCAGUUAAAUAUAUUCAUUUAAAAGAUACCGUUGGAAGACAAGAUGUUGACGCAGAUCAACUUGGAAAAUUAGUUGUAUUGCCAUCAUCUUUUACAGGAGGCCCACGAUAUAUGCAUGAACGAGCCCAAGAUGCACUGACGUACGUUCGACACUAUGGCAGCUCAGAUUUAUUCGUAACUUUUACGUGUAAUCCAAAAUGGCAAGAAAUCCAAGAAGCACUUUUACGAGGACAAAAACAUUACCAUCGCCCAGACAUCAUUGCAAGAGUAUUUAAUCGAAAAGUUAAGGAGUUAAUAGAUCUGUUGACAAAAGGAGAUUUGUUUGGGAAAGUGAGGUGCCAUAUAUAUUCAGUUGAAUGGCAGAAACGAGGCCUACCUCGCGUACACAUAUUACUAUGGUGGGAGAAUCAAAUUACAUCAGAUAUGAUAGAUAAAUUCGUGUGUGCUGAGAUUCCGAAUCCAGAUGUAGAUCCUUUACUGUACGAGAUAGUAAAGGCUAACAUGAUACAUGGACCAUGUGGACUUUUGAAUAAAAAUUCUCCGUGCAUGAAAGGAGGUGUUUGCAGCAAACGUUAUCCAGUUACGCUCAUUCAAGAAACUCAAAGAGGUGAAGAUGGCUAUCCAAAAUAUAGAAGGCGAUCAACAAACGAUGGUGGUUUCAAAGUGAGUAUUAAGUCAAUUGACUUAGAUAACAGGUGGGUUGUUCCAUAUAACCCUGUGUUAUUGCGUACUUUUAGUGCUCAUAUAAAUGUAGAAAUAACCAGUUCAAUCAAGUCUAUAAAAUAUGUAUGCAAAUAUGUCACAAAAGGUAGUGAUCACGCAGCGUUUGGUUUAGGAAAAUCUGACCAUACAGAUGAAAUAAAAAUAUAUGAAAGUGGCAGGUAUAUAAGUAGUUCCGAAGCAGCUUGGAAAAUUUUAGGUUUUUAUAUACACGAUAGGUAUCCAGCUAUUAUUCAUCUUGAUGUUCACCUAGAAAAUGGACAACGUGUCUACUUCACAGCAAAUAAUGUUGCCGAAAGAAUAGAAAAUCCACCAACAACAACUCUUCAGGCUUUUUUCCAGAUAUGUCAAACCGAUAAUUUUGCAAGAACAUUGCUUUAUCCACAAGUUGCUUCGUAUUAUGUGUGGAAAAAUAAGAAUUUUGUUAGACGUAAACAAGGCCAGAAUGUCGAAGGUUGGCCAGGAGUUAAGAAAGAUACAGCUUUGGGUCCAACAUCGUAUUCAUUUUUGAAGAUUGUGAACAAUAUCGAGUAUCCGACAUUCCAGGCCACAUGUAAAGCACUUGGAUUAUUAGAAGAUGACAAUCAGUGGGAUUUUGCUUUAGAAGAAGCAGCAUUAUGUCGUUCACCUAAUAAAAUGCGAGAACUUUUCAGUGUAAUAUUAAUAUUUUGCCAUCCCUCAGAUGCUUCAAGUCUUUGGACUAAGUAUAAGGACGAUUUUUCAGACGAUAUUCGGCGACAAUAUUAUAGACAACAUCUAGAAAAUAAUAUAACAGACAGUGAACUUUAUAAUAAGUGUUUGGUAUUAAUUGAAGACUUUGUUUUGAAUCUAGGUGGAAAUAACUUAAAAGAAUAUGGUUUUAUAUGGAAAAUGAGCUUACGCGUGUGUUGUGGAAAGUGCCUGUGA